AUGCAUCUGAGCUGCUCACAAACCAGACGGCAAGGUCAAGAGGACCAGCACAGUAAGAUGUGGAAGAGAAUUGACCAUCAGCCCAAGAUCAAAGCAGUGGCUGGGCCUCAGGCAGGCCAGUUCAAAGAACUGGGUGCAGCGCACGAACCUGCCAUGCCACACCCUCUGGAGCUGUCAGAAUUCCAGAGCUUCCCUGUGUUUGAGGACAUUAGCCAUCACAUCAAAGAGGUGGGGGCCCAACUGGUAAAGAAAGUCAAUGCCAUCUUUCAGCUGGACAUCACCAAAGAUGGGAAGAUCAUUCUGCAGUGGACCAUUGAUCUGAAGAAUGGUUCUGGGGACAUGUAUCCAGGAUCCGCCAGGCUUCCAGCUGACACUGUCUUCACAAUCCCGGAACCUGUCUUUAUGGAGUUGGUUUUGGGCAAAGUGAACCCUCAGAAAGCUUUCCUUGCUGGCAAGUUCAAAGUGAGUGGCAAAGUUCUGCUUGGCCAGAAGCUCGAGAGAGUUUUCAAAGACUGGGCUAAAUUUUAA